UCCUAGCACUUACACGGAGCAAGUUAUACGUGCAGCUUCUGGGACACUGCAGGACCCGCGACUCUGGUGUUGGAGUCGGGGGAGGAGACGGGAAGGAAAGCAAACGGGGAAAGGCAGGCUGCCCAGGCGCAAAAAGCAGCCCCAGACAAGGAGGGCCGGGCGCCGUGAAGGGCAAGGGGCGGGGCGGCGGCAGCCGGGCCAAGGAUAAGGCCGCUGUGUGAAUGGCAGAGACCUUCUCCGUGACUCCGCCUCGCGCUGGUCCCGGAGAAGACCCUCGACCCACCGGGCCUCAAGUUCCCCACACGCCCGGGUGGGAGUUGACAGGUCCCCUCGCCCACUUCCGGGAGGUUCCGCACCCUGCUCGCCGCGACCGCUAGUCUCGCGAGACUGCGGUCAGCGGGGCCGGGGUCCGGGAGGCGGCUGCGGCCCAGGCAGCGAGCUGCUUUUGGUUUUCGGCGCUAGGGAGGUGCGAGGUCCGGAGUGUGCACUUCCUCUACCAGCCUGCGACCUCGUGGUUGAACAUUAAAAUGCUACGGUAGAAGGCUGCCAGCUAGAUUGAGCUGCGUAUGUCACAGGGUCGUUUUGUGGACCGGCUGAAUGGUGGGAGGCGAGAGACCUGGCUUCCUGUGCUUUUUCUACCACGAUGUGUUUUGUGUCUUUGUUUUGAUUUUUUUUUUUUUUUAAAUUUUGACGUGGCCUAAGUUUACUUGGCCUAAACUCUCUGAAUCUUGAUUUCCCCGUAUCUAAAGUAAGGGGCCGUCUACAAUCUCAGACAUUCCAUCCUUCGUGUGUCUACCGUCUCUAGUGCUAACACAGGGCACAUCUUGAAUGCAGACACGGAACUACUAGUGAACCAUUAUAUAGAGGCAGCGUGCACCCCCAGCAAUGACAGUGGCCACUCCAAGCUCCUCCCUGGGAACUAAACGCAGCAUCUCAAAUCAAGCCGCCAGAGCUUUGAACUGUUAAGUAGUCCACGCAGGAAACUGAAUAUACCAUAUCAGAACCAUUGGAGGAAAACUAGGAGAAGGUAGAGUCACAGAAGCUAAGAAAAAAAUAUCAAGAAACUUGGAGUGAUCAAUGGUAUCCAGUGCCACAAGACAAUCAAGUAAAAUGAGAGAAAAUUUCCUUUAAGUUCCGGAAGCCAGAAGUCCAAAAUCAGUAGCACUGGGCCAAAGUCAAGAUGGCAGUUCCUGGAUUUACCUUUGGUGCAUUCAUACUUGUGUUGCACGUUAGUUCUGUGACUAAUUAUCCCAGCGGAAAAGUAGGAAAGUCAUGCCAUGGAAUGGUUCCUGAACACAGUCAUACUGCACGUUCUGACCCUGUUCACAACGUUUCAGUGAGUCAGAUGACAUUCAGACCAGGAGACCAGAUUGAAGUUACUUUGUCAGGGCUACCAUUUAGAGGCUUUCUUUUAGAAGCACGUAAUGCUGAGGAUUUGAGUGGCCCUCCUAUUGGUUCCUUCACAUUGAUUGACAGUCAAGUGUCGCAGCUUCUGACCUGUGAGGAUGUACAGGGAUAUGCUGUGAGUCACACAAAUCCAUCCAAGAAAACAAAAAUUAAAGUCUACUGGAAUGCUCCAAGCAAUUCUCCGAAUCACAUAAAGUUUCUAGUCACAGUUGUUGAGAAGUAUAAAAUCUACUGGGUGAAGAUUCCUGGCCCUGUAAUUUCACAGCCCAAUGCACCGCCUUUUACAACACCUGAAGCUACAGUAGCACCUUUGUCAACAUUACCUCCUGUAUCCCAUUUAACCAAAUCAUUCAGUGCUUCAGAUUGUGGGAACAAGAAGUUCUGUAUUCGGAGUCCUUUGAACUGUGACCCAGAGAAGGAGCGUGCAUGUUUCUUCUUGUCCUUCACACGAGAUGACCAAUCAGUGGUGGUUGAAAUGAGUGGUCCCAGUAAAGGCUAUUUAUCCUUUGCGUUUUCUCAUGACAGAUGGAUGGGUGAUGAUGAUGCUUAUGUGUGUAUUCAUGAAGAUCACACUGUGCACAUACAACCAUCCCGUUUGAUGGGGCGAAGUCACCCUGUGAUGGACUCCAGGGGUGCUCUUGAGGAUAUGGCUUGGAGGCUGGCGGAUGGUGUUAUGCAGUGUUCUUUCAGAAGAAACAUUACCCUUCCUGGGGUUAAGAACAGAUUUGAUCUAAACACAAGCUACUACAUCUUUCUAGCAGAUGGUGCAGCUGACAAUGGUCGAAUAUAUAAGCAUUCUCAGCAACCUUUGAUUACAUAUGAGAAACAUAAUGUGACAGACUAUCCAAAGAAUGUGGGAGGCUCCCGUUCUUUAUUUCUUCUGAAGGCUCAUGGUGCUUUAAUGUUUGUGGCAUGGAUGACUACUGUUAGCAUAGGUGUGCUCAUGGCUCGGUUCUUCAAAUUUGUUUGGGCAAAGCCUGUUUUUGGUCAAGCAGCUUGGUUUCAGGUACACCGGACGCUCAUGCUCACUACUACUGCCCUCACCUGCAUUGCUUUUGUUCUGCCUUUUAUUUACAGAAGAGGCUGGAGUUGGCAUGCAGGUUAUCACCCAUACCUUGGCUGUCUAGUGAUGGUUUUAGCAGUUCUUCAGCCUCUUCUAGCAGCCUUCAGGCCACCUUUAUAUGACCCCAGAAGGCAAAUGUUUAACUGGACGCACUGGAGUAUGGGAACAGCUGCUAGAAUAAUAGCAGUGGCAGCAAUGUUCCUGGGAAUGGAUUUACCAGGACUGAACCUUCCUGGCCCAUGGAAAACCUAUGCAAUGACUGGAUUUGUAGCCUGGCAUGUUGGGACUGAAAUUGUCCUGGAGAUACAUGCUUACCGACUUUCUCGAAAAGUUGAAAUAUUGGAUGAUGCCAGAAUUCAGAUCCUUCAGUCAUUUACUGUAGCUGAAACGGAAGGACAUGCUUUUAAAAAGGUGGCGUUAGCAGUUUAUAUCUGUGGGAAUGUGACUUUUCUCAUCGUAUUCUUAUCUGCAAUCAAUCGUCUAUGAGCAAGCAAAGACCUUGGCUUUGCAGACCAGAUGAUAAUUAUCAUUAAGCCAAAGAAACUUGAAGCCUGUACCGACUGCCUGGAACGUAUUCAUGAAUUCUAAUUUGGAAGACCAGGCCAUGUCUGUAGAGGAAUUCCGAAGUAUGGUCCUUAGGGAUCAGCUUUCAGCAGGGUCCUAUGGAUUCGAAAAAGGAUAUCAAGCCUUUGUGUGUGAUUCUGAGUGUUACCAAGGAAGGUUGUACUUGAGGAGAAGUGAUUAUCAAAUAUUUUCUAUGAUGAGAUUUUUAGAAUGUUAGCAUUUAAGAAAAUAACUGUUUGGAAAGGCAGAAAUGAUGUCAUUCGGAUGAAAUGGGGAUUCUAUUAAGGUACAUGUAUUUUGGGCUAUACAGGUGCUGUGGUACUUUAAAGAAACCAUCUAUACUUGUUUAUCAGGAUGGUUUUUCUUAGGACUUUUUGUGAAACUAUGUUUUCCAGUACAGUGUUUUGGACAUGUC